GAAAGCCUUUUUUUUUUAGGAGGCUGUAAUUUUUGAUAGUGGUUGUAAGAGAGUGAGGGAGGGGAGGAGGUAAUGUGACCCUCCUCCACCUCCUCCUCCACCACCUCCUCCUCCUCCUCCUGUCUGCGCCCUUCAGACAGCUGCUUGUUUCCUGUCCUCUGAGGACUGAGCUGCUCAGGAAACUCCGCACAGACCGACAGCUGAUCGCCCGCUGCUGUGGCGAAGAUGAUGAUGAAGAGGAUGAGCCGGUCCUGUAGCGGAUCACCUCCAGGUCUGGACCGAUGAGGACUAAAUGACACCGGCUGAAGAGCUUUAGGACGUCACUGUGGACAGUAGAUCMUCCUUCAGUUUCUAACCUGGACACGAUGGAAGCCUUGGCCUUAAGAAGAACCCUCAUGGCAGUCCUGUCUUUGCUGUUAGCGGCGGUCAGAAUCAGCGGGCACGAAAAGCCAGCCCGUCUGAACUGCAAGACCACUUGUGUAUGUGCUAGCAACAUCAUCAGCUGCACCAACGCAAAUCUGUCCACCGCUCCAGAAGACCUUCCACCACAAACAGCCGUCCUGGACCUCAGCUUCAACUCCAUCACCAGACUACGCCACAAGUGGGCCCCUCAGAACCUGGGCAGACUGCGUAACCUGAUACUCAGCAACAACAGGAUGGACUUCCUGUCCACUGAGGCGUUUGUGCACGUGAGAAACCUGACCUACCUGGACCUUUCCUUCAACAGCCUCCGAAUGCUGGACGAGUUGAUCUUCGAGCCACUGGAGUGUCUCAAGGUUCUGCUGCUCUUCAAGAACAACAUAUCCCAGAUUGACCGCUCCGCCUUCGAAGGCCUCAACUCCCUGCAGAAGCUCUACAUGAGCCACAACCAGAUCUCGCGCUUCCCCUUGGAGGUGCUGAAGGAGCAGAGCCGGCUGGGGACGUUCCGACUGCUGGACGUUUCCUCCAACAGGCUGAAAACCCUGCAGCUGCAGGAGCUUAAGGCUCUGCGCGCCUGGAUCAAGAACGGCGUCUACUUCCACAACAACCCUCUGACYUGCAGCUGCGAGCUGUAUGAGUUUGUGGCGCAGUGGCACCUCAAGAAGCUCAGCUCGGCCGUCGACUUCAAGAGCAAGCACACUUGUGUGAUCCCAGGUGUGCACAGGGAAAUGAUGCUGAUCCUGGAUCUGGACAAGGCCUAUCUGAACUGCAGCGAGGUCAAGGUUCUGAAACAGGAGGCCCACCUGGAGCAGUCCAUCAAGCUGGACUGUGACACCAGGCAGAGGAACGUGAUGAAAAGAUGGGAGCUGCCGGAAAAUACCUCCCUGUCUUUAGCCAAUAAGACAGCUAAAGUUCUUAGCAAUGGUAAUCUUCAAAUAGGGCCCCUGAGGUCAGAGCACUCUGGGUUGUACACCUGCUACGCUACAGGCGAUUCCCUCAACGAGACUCUGCACAUAACAGUGGUGGUGUUGAACUCCACCGUGCGUGGCGGGCUGGAGAACCUAAAAACAGCCUACACCACCCUGGUGGCGUGCCUGAUCAGYGUGGUUAUGGUCGUCAUCUACCUCUACUUCACACCCUGCCCCUGCCGUCCGGGUCAGGGCGAAGAGAAGGACGACCCCGGAGAGAGCCCUCGCUCCUCCAACGUCAGCCUCGCCAAGGCUCAGGACGAGGCGGGGCAGUGGCGAGCCGAGGGCGGGGGCUUCCCCUACGGGUACGCAGCCCAGCCGGGACACAAGGGUCAGCUGGAGGAGAACGGGAUGCUGAACCCAAUAGGCGAGGAAGACGAGGAGUGGCACGAGAACAAGGGGAAGAAGAGGCGGAGGUCUGAUGCAGAGUCAGUCAGCUCGGUGUGCUCCGACACUCCCAUGGUGGUUUAAGACAGAAUGCUGCAGCUUUAAAUGUAAAAAAAAAAGCUUUAGUUGGCUCUUGCACUUAAUAACACUGCAGCGAUAUAUUGUGAUGAAAGAGAAUAAUUUGCUCUAAAAACUGUGGUUCAAACGGGGCUUUUAUCUUCUUAUCUUCCAUUUCCAACGAAGGCACUUAGGCGAGCUUUUAGGGCCACAAACACUUAGAAACCACUGAAAAGCGCAAGAGGCAAACCAUAAAAAAACAUUUUAUCAAAGCCUUUGGUUGUAUUUGCUUCUGAAUAUCCAAAGCCAACAAGUAUUAUUUUUUUCCAAGUGGUUAGUCAUGGUGCCUGGUAAUAUAAAACUUUACAGAUAUUGGACUAAAAGUGCUGCGUGAAAGAGGCGUUAAUUAAAUGCAAAGUUUAAACAUCAGUAAAAAAAAUGUAUUUAUGCUGCAUUUUUUUCCUAUUUUUUGUUUGUACCUUUACAAAACGAUGCCAUGACAGAACAAUCUUAUGCAACUUAACCAGCUUUGUGAUUAUCUUCCACUACCRUAUAUAAAGGUGUUUUACUGUUAAGUGUGUUUUUGCUGUAACUGAGGCCUUUUUGAUGGUGGUUCUAAUAUCGACUUUGACUAAUUAUCCAAUUUUGCUCUGUUUAAACAUAAUUUUUUCACUUAUCAAUUUACUAAAAAUGUUGUGCUUUUAUUAACAAAAUGAAAAAUGUUCAAGAUUUACUUCAAAGCUAAAGAACGAUUUAUACAACAGAGCAUUCUCAGUCUCAUUUACUGUAACUGUGAGUAAUUUCAUUGAGGAGUGAUUUUGUCCUCUCAAUGCAAUUAGUACGCGCUCACUGUGAGGUCCACACGGGGAACAUAAAUGUACUUCAUACCAGGCUGGAUGGUUUAUAGCUGCCGGGAAGCRCGGCCCAGGGGACAGAAACUGGAUGUGAGCAGCAUUUACAGAAUGCUUUGGGGCUUUAGAUCCCGACCCUGAGCAAAUGAAGCAACAGAGCCGGCCAGGACGCUCACAAACACGAUCAGAAAUAGCAGCUCAUGAAGCAUCCAGCACCCUUAAAGCUGCAUGACGCAGCUGAAAACAAAAUGUUCAAGCUGCAGUUUUCAAACAGAUGUCUUGGUGUUAGUUAUAUAUCUGAGCUACUUUCACAAUAAGUGGUAACUUUAACCAAAAAAUGACUAAACUGUAGAUGUAGCACUGUACUUUUACACUGUGAGAUUACUAAUGAUGCAUAUUUUACUUUUUAUGGUUUUAAGGUCAUUUAUAUCUGUUGAACCUUAAACUUAGUAAAAGGAGUUUAAACUCUAAAAAUGUUCCCCAUGUUGUGAUUAUCUAAUUAAAGAAACUGAAUGUA